AUAAUACUGACACGGAGGUUCACAAGGUCAUUGUGCAGGGUAGCUUCGUGUUCGAUUGGGUGGUUGCACAGUAGCCUACAUAUGCACUCGUUGAAAAAAAAACAAGUUUGUCCUUUUCUCACACAUCAUCAAAGUAAGUUUUUAUUAGUAAAAUGGCGUUCCGCGGUGGUGUUCUGAUGGUGGUUCUUGGGCUAUGUCUGCUGUAUGUCAAUGGCGGAGUUGGGGAAGGAAUCAACGGGGAAUCGAGGUGGGGGUUAGGGGAACAUAGGUUGAUGGUCAAUCUGCUGAGUUCGUACCAUCCACUGGUCAUCCCCAGAACACCUGUCAAUGUUUCCUAUAGCCUGGACCUCGUCUCAAUCGAUGGUGUGGACAUGAAGGAAAAGAUGCUACGGAUUUCCGCCUACGCGAAGAUUGAGUGGCAUGAUGACCGUUUACAGUGGGAUCCAAGCAUCUUCAGUGGAGUGUCUUCUUUACUUUUACCAGCAGAUAAAGUAUGGCGACCAGACCUCAAACUGUAUGCUCAAGUCCUGGAGGAAGAAGACUUCAACCUGCGUGUGCAUGCCGAUGGGUCUAUCUUGCACUACGUUCCGAUGCGUCUAGCUGUACCUUGCCCUAUGCAAUUCGGCAACUACCCGUUCGAUGUCCAAACAUGCUACCUUAGGCUGGAAUCCUGGGGCUACGACGCGUCCAUGAUCAAUCUAAGUCAUCACGAGAGGUCACCGGGGGCCGGCUUAUACUACUAUCUUUCAAACGCCGAUUGGAAAGUCCAGUCCUUCACUGCGUCGACGCACGACAAGCUGUUUGUGUGCUGCGAAGAGCCCUACAUCGAACUGUCGUUCCGCAUCCAGGUGAAACGCAAAAUCGGCGAGAAGGCCGCGUACUCAAUACGCGUGCUGGCGCCCUCUGUUCUCACAUCUCUCCUGCUCCUGCUGUGUUUCCUCAUCCCUCCACGCUGCGGCGAGAGGAUCACUCUUUGCUCCGUCUUGCUCCUCUGUGUCCUCCUUCAACUGUUCCACCUCAACCUGACCGUGCCCAUCACCGGUCCUGACGCCCCCUUCCUCGCCGACUUCCUCUGUUUCAGCGUGUUCUUGGCCUUCUUUGCAGCCAUGGAGAGUGUGCUGUCCUUGAAUCUCUCCCGUUGUGGAAGUGGGAGUGGCAACAACAAUGGCCGCCCCAUCGACGGGGAGGAGUUCGUGACGCAGGACAAGCCAAGUACGGGCCUGAUGCGAAUCGCUCGAUUCAUCGACGUGGGCUGCUUCAUAGUGUUCACCUUCAUAUUUGCUGUCGCUGGGGGCGUCAUACUCAAUCCUGAUACAGAAUAGAGAGAUCACAUGACCCUUCAUACUGCACAUAAUAACCGGCAAAAUUAUAAUUAACGUUUGAGACCUAGGGGGCGUUUUCGAAUCCCUGUUCUUGACAACACUCGGGUUAACCCGACACGAGAACAGCGGUCUCGAACGUGACGAACAGACCCGAGAGGGCGUUCGCGGAUCGAUUUUUUCACUCCCCGGUUGAUGGAGGGUUCGGCGAGGUGCAGC